AUGCCGCCACCUGGCGCACGCCGGCUCCUAAAGAAGGGAGGAGGCGGAGGAGGCGCACCCCCGAGGCGGGCGUUCCGAACGCGGGCGGCCAGUCAGUCGGUCCGCGAGCCGGCGCGAGCGAAGCAGCAGCAGCAGCAGCACCAGCAGUCCGGGCGAUUCCGAUGGCCGGUCUCCGUGCUCCCGCCGACUGACCACGCGCACGUGCUGACCAUGGGCAGUCCCGACGCGCCGGCGCGGACCUCCGUGUCCUGGGAGCCGUGGCGGGCCCCCCUGCUGGGCCCCGCGUCGGGCGGCAACGGCGUGCUCGCCUGGCGCCUGGCCGCCGUCGCGGUGCAGUGGUUCCUCUUGACCGGCUUGGUGACAGUGACCGUGGUGUGCGUGGUCAGGUUACAGCGGCUCGAGGACAGAGUGAGCCUGCUCGAGCAGAAGCUGCUGGCGCUGGACGUGCGCGCGGACCCUCUCGGCGGACGAGCGACUGCGCCACAACAACAGAGCCUUCUAACUAGGAAUAGAAGAAAUAGUCCAGAAUCAGAGUGUAUGUGCCCACCCGGUCCGCCCGGGAAGCGAGGCAAGAGGGGCAAGCAGGGAGAGCCCGGCGAGGCAGGACCGCCGGGCGCUUCGGGGCCUCCAGGAAAACCCGGAUUUCCGGGUGCGAUAGGAAUCGAUGGCCCCAAGGGGGAUACCGGCGAGAAAGGGGACAAAGGAGAAAAGGGUGACUCGGGAAUCGACCUUGUCUCAAAUGUGAAGGGAGUAAAGCGUUCAGUCAAGAUGCCCCACGGGGGCAUCGCUGACGCCACCGAUUUUAAGGAACUAGCAAAUAUCGGAGUGACAUUCUCUCCAGGCGACGUGUUUAUGAUGAAGGGAUCGCAAGGAGAGGCUGGUCCUCCGGGCCCCCCUGGACCCCCUGGACCACCGGGAUUGCCUGGAUUUGACGGCGGCACGGGACCUCCUGGACCAAUAGGUCCUCCGGGUGAUGUUGGUCCGAGCGGUCCACCCGGCCUCGUGGGACCUGUCGGCAAGGAUGGACUCCCAGGACCUAAGGGCGAGAAAGGCGACAAAGGCGAACGCGGCCUUACGACGACGCUGGACGGAAAUACGUUCCCGACGGGAUUCAUCGAAGGCCCCGCCGGACCGCCCGGACCGCCAGGUCCCGCCGGACCGCCAGGCAGGAAGGGGGACGUCGGCAUCCCGGGACCACCGGGCGAGGACGGCGCCAAGGGCGACAAAGGAGAGCGGGGCCGCAGGGGAAAGAAGGGCAAUGCUGGACGGGACGGCAGGUCCAUCCGAGGCCUCCCUGGACAGAAAGGCGAGCCCGGGGCGAAGGGCAUGAAGGGAGACUUCGGGCUGCCCGGACCGAGGGGCGAGAAAGGCAGCGUCGGCCACCCGGGCAGGCCAGGAGAAGAUGGCGCCCCGGGAAGGCCCGGACCUACGGGGCAACCCGGAGCCAAGGGCGAAAAAGGCAGCGUUGGAGAAGCCAGCCCACCUGGCCUGAUGGGAAUGCCGGGGUUGCCUGGACCCCCCGGAAAGCCCGGACCCCAGGGAGAGAAAGGAGACAAAGGCGAUGGCGCGUCGGUGCGGUACAUGAGACAGAAGUCCAAGCGCAGACCCCCGGAGCAUCACCACCACCACUUCGCCUCCGACCAUGGCGGCGGAACUCAGGGGGACAGCGCAUUCGAAACGUCCUACGACUUCGUCAUCGGGCCGCCCGGUCCCCCAGGCAUACCGGGACCACCAGGAUUCCCAGGUCCUCCUGGCAUCAAAGGCGACAAAGGCAUCGACGGUCAGAAGGGCGAGCAGGGCGAGAAAGGCGACCUGGGACUCAUCGGACCCAUGGGUCUACCGGGUCCAAUGGGUCCGCUGGGGCCGGCCGGACUGCCCGGAAAAGAAGGCCGGACGGGAAUCACGGGGCCGCCGGGGCUGGACGGAAUGAAGGGCGAACGUGGUGCGCCAGGUAACAAAGGCGAGAAAGGAGAGCCCGGCCUUCCCGGCACCGACGGCAUCCCAGGGUUACCGGGACCCAAGGGCGACCGGGGCGAGACGGGCAUAUUGGGACCCCGUGGGAAGCGUGGAAAGAAAGGAGACAAGGGCGAUAAAGGCGAUCAAGGAGUACCAGGACUGGAUGCACCGUGCCCACUUGGCCCGGACGGCCUUCCACUGCCCGGCUGCGGCUGGAAGCCACCGAACACAUUAGGCGGUCCCAUGCCACCAGUACCACCGGAAGAACCACUAGACUCAUAAGAUCGCGCUCUACAGAAGCUUCUGGCGGCAUCCAUCAGGAGCAUUCUCGAUGUCAUCGCUCGACGUCGUUGCCUCAGAGCACGGCCGCCGGGACCGCGUCAGUGGGCCGCGGGACGUCAAUGGCAGCCGCCUGCAGCCUCGGAGGAGAAGCACCGUGCAGCGAGCCGCAGACUCACGCUCCCCACCCCCAGUCCCACACUGCUAUUUACGGGUUCUUUUUCGCUGCAAGUUUUGCUCUCUUCGCAGCCCCAGCGCCUUCGGCGCACUCGCGCACGCAUACACACACGCACACACACAAACACACACACACAUACAUACACGCAAGCACACACACGUACAAACGCAUGCAGGCGCUAGUUGACGCGCUCUCUUCGACCGACCCAGAUGACAGCGCGGUUGAGCGCGGAGGUGUGCCCCGUGCCCUACCACUGAUGACCUGCCCACCACUCCACCUUGAUUUUUGUUUUCCUGUCCUAGGCGUUUCUUUAUCCAAAUAUUCGCGAGAGGGAAGGAGAAAUGAAGGGCUGAAGGGUGGUGUCAAGAAAGCGUUGCAAAUCCAAAGUGGCGACUGCCGAGGAAGCCGCGGCGUUCGCAACUGCUCGUUCGUCUAGGCCAAUGAAAUCACUGCAAAGAAAAAGCAUACAUUGGCUUUCCGACGGCGCCUUUGACAACAUUUUCUGGACGUCAACACGGACGUUCACUCAAAACACCGGUCAAGAAAAUGCUCUACCGGGCACCGGUGCGCUACUAGAUGCGCAUGCCAAGAUGAAACUGUGGCGUUAACUUGCAGAGACAUGCGCAGGAGUCCACAGCAGGUGCUGUGCAUCGAGGCGAAUACUGCCGCAGUAAAUGUAAAGGCGGUAUUCAUCGCUUCCCGGACGAAUCAGAUACAUCGAUGUCGUACAGGUCCGCCAAGCUUCAUGCAAAUCAAAGUUCAACGUGGAGGCACGUAUGAAAACUGGAGCAAGCGACAAGAAAAUGCGCGUUGUCGAAAGAUGAGGGAAGGCAUGGUGCAAACCCUGAAUGUGUGUAGCUGAAACUACCAAUGGGGCUCAGUCAGCAAGACACGCACCUUGCCUUCUCGUUGCCGAACGAGUAGCGACGCCCGUCCGCCGCGCCUAUGUGCUGUGCCACACUGUGCCCAACCCUGUGUAUAGCGAUGCACAGGCAUUGGCUUCUCCCUCCCUCUCCGCUGUCGAUCAUUGUAAAUGCCAUCACCUCACCUGCACCACGAGACUUGUCGGCUACCGCUGUAGAGUAUAGAAGCAAGGAGAGGUAGCUAAGAGUGUACAUUUCUUUUCUCGCUGUCUCCUUCUCACCAGGCUCUUUUCUUUCUUUGCGUUUGUAAUGAAUAUAAGUUGAGGUCCUGUCAUUAUCGCUGUUCUUUCGUAACAACGCCCACUUCGUGUUUCCGUCAGCUGUACCAGUGGCGUUUUCCGACGGCGAGCAGCUCUUUCAUUUGGGAAUGUACGUGAUGGUGUGCUACAAACGCGUGCUGUCUGUCUGGGCGAACAAGAUGCAUACGCUUCUGUUAAUUUUCAGUAGCAAAGGCGCGAGAACUGCCAAGUUUCUUUCAAGAAACUGGGAUGGUUUCUCAAGUAGCCCGAUGGGUGAAUAGCGUAUUUCCUCAUGCAGAAAAGAAAGGAGAAAGGGAAAGCAAAAAACGCGUCCGGACGUGCUAUAGACAUUGCGAGGUGUAUCGCUUGGUCUAAGGCGGCCGUAUGAAAGUGAAUUUCUUACAUAUGUGAAAAAAUAUCCGAUAGCUUUGCUGGCAUCUUUUUCGGAAUAGCACUGCAUAUCCGCAAGUCCAGCGGUGAAGAAACUGCAAGUAAUUAAACAAAUGAACGAGCAAAAGCGAACGGGCGUGAGUCCCACACUAUGCCAAAACAUUACAGGCCAUAAUAGAAAAAUUAACGCAAGCCAUGAUUUCAAGCUCACGUUCGCGAUCCACGAUAUGCUCAUCUCACAGUUAGAAAAAAAAAAAAAAAAACGACGAAGACGCGCGUGGCAGGAUCCAUCGCGUUGCUGCUGCUGCCGGCCCUUGCUCUUUUUUUUAUGUGUGUGUGUGUGUGUCCGUGCGCAGCCAAGCGAAACAAUGAACACAUAACGCGAACAUCUCAGCGGUGAAAGUCAGUCGUCGUGUGUCGUGAGCGUGUAUAGAAACGAGAAGGUGCGCAAUACUUACUUUUCUCUGCUCGCCGAAAGACUGUGACGGCGGGCGUCCAGAAGUUGCCAGUGUGUACCGACUUGAUGUUUGUAUGCGCCAGUGACGCGUAUGCCAGCGAGAAAGCGCCGAGAAGAACCGUGUUUCCUUCCCUCCCCAUCCCAUGAAGUCACUCAAUCCGAGCGGCUGGAGUGGUGCCAUUCCUGCGAAUGAUUGCUUGCUGUAGAAAAACCACGUCCGCCUCAAGGAGGUUUCUGAAACAAACAAAAGAGCUCGUAGAGUGAAGGCUACGUACAAGCAGUGAAGCCGCAGAAGCCAUCUUACCAUGGGCGCCGAAGCAGUGGCGUAAAAUGUUUGGCCAUUUCGUAAUUGGCAAAUCACGGCCAUACGAUUCUUUUUCGACAGGUUUCUUUGCGUCACAGGUCUUCUGGUGACAAAUGAGCAUCGAGAACAAUUUGAUCAUCGACCACAAUUACGAUAUUCAGCGAGAAACGAGUGUUCUGGCAGCCCAAAGAGGGAAUUUUUAUGGUUGACGUAAUCUAGAACGCAUCUCGGCAAUUAGGAAGAGAAAGAGCACUCGUGAUGCGCGUGAGCUUCCCGUGAGUGCGGCUUUCUAUUUCUAUUAAAAAAAGAAGGAACUAAAAAAUACGCAUUUCUCACGGCUUCACUCGUUCUCGUGUAGGCGGCUGCCCCUCCAGAAGUUUCUACUCGGACCUCCUCGGUGUCUGCCUCGACGCUGCCGAAAAGCAGCACCGCGCGCGCACCGCGUGCUCCAGGAACCAGCACCACGCGGACUUCUAGCGCAGAAGCGUCUUCUCACGCCAUGAUGGCGCAGGACAAAACUUCUAUCGGUGACGCGCUCGCAUGCUAUACUGUGAGGUACUCGCGGUCCUUAUAAGCACGCCUUCCGCUUCGGCUCAAUUCCCGCCAUGGGGGUGUUAAAAGAAACGUCAAAGAAAAGCAGUAUAGGUCAAGCUAUAGUCUGGUAUGUGGACUUGGCCUUCUAGAGUAGCAAAUACUACCCUUUUUUUUACCGAGAGUAGAAUCUUACUAUGCACCCGAAGACGGCGCAAAAUUGAAAGACGAGUGGCAAUACCACUGUCGAAUUCCCAAGACAGCUCUUGUAACCUGACAGGAUGUGGCAAUCACUGUCUGAAUGAAGCCGGUGGUUCGUUAUUCGUUGAUUAUCAAAGAAGGAGUCACGCCUGGUUCUUAACAACGAAACUUGAACCAGUCAACUUUAAACAUCACAUGCAAACAUGUAACAAUUAAUUAGAAAAUAAAUACAGACAAGAAAAAGACCGUAAGAUAUGUGACGUCCUCACGCAAUGGUGUCAUUAUUGCCGGGUUGUGGGCACAAGUGUGGCAUUAAAUUGGUAUUUUGGCCAAGAUGUUUCUACACCAGAAAGAUUACUGGCGCAACAAGGCAGGAUCAUUUUUUUUUUCUUCUUCUUAAUAAGUCAUCCCUUGCUGUCGAGAAAGCAAAAAAGAAAAGAAAGAAAGAACGUUAACAGGGUUAUAGUAAUGUGCACGCUUGGCCUAACUCACGGGGUCUGCCUAUUCGUGCCCCUUCAAUGCGAGAGUCGCGGAAAGGGCCGUUCGCGUGCCGAGUACAACCAGGCAUGGUGUCCACGUUGUUUUGCCCCAGUGGCCGCGUGCGCUUUUCCUUGCUCAAGUCCGCGUAAGCGCUUCUGCACUUUUGUCGCGUGUGCGUUGGAACUUAAGAAAGUUGCGCCCUGGCACCUUCGUCGCCGAACACGAACGGACUGUCGUAUAUCCAACGGUUGGUUCCUUCGGGCGCGGCGUGCACGAUGUGUUCGAUGUACUUUGGCACCACUUACGCCGUUCGGGAUCCGGUGACUCCGCAGUCUGUCCUUGUGCUGUUGGGUUCCCUCAUCCAAUCCCACCUUUACUAGAGUCCACUAAGUGUGUUCGUGUAAACUCAGGAGGCAAAGUUGGAAGCUAAGUUAUUGUUUGACGUCGCAUUCGUAUUCAUAGUGUGAAAUAAAAUACUUUUUACUCUU